AUGGACAAGCUUGUUGCCCAAUAUUCACGCCCGCCCCAUCAGAAUGAGUUCUUCUCAGAGCAAGAGCAACAGGACCUUACGGAGAGCCUCCCUCCGUUGUCCCUCAAGUUCAGUCUGCCUCCUGUCGACAACUCUUCUGCCUUCCUCCGUGCUAUGACCGAUGACCACUCCAACCCUAGCUGCCCGAUCAAGCUUGCCCACGGAACAACAACCCUGGCCUUCCGAUUCCAAGGCGGCAUCAUUGUGUGCACUGAUUCUCGAGCAACCGCCGGAAACUGGAUCGCCAGUCAGACAGUGAAGAAGGUCAUUCCCGUGUCGCGGCUGAGCCGCGGCGAGGACAAACCCACAAAUGAUCCCACCCCGGGUCUUCUAGGCACGAUGGCUGGUGGUGCGGCGUGCACCCUCCAUGAAAUCCGACACAAGCGCCGAAUCACCGUCGCCGCUGCCUCCAAGAUCCUCGCCAACCUGACCUACGCCUACAAAGGUUACGGCUUGAGCAUGGGAACUAUGCUUGCAGGAGUGACCCCCCAAGAAGGACCCGCGCUCUACUAUAUCGACUCGGAUGGCACCCGAUUGCCCGGCAACCUGUUCUGUGUUGGAUCCGGUCAAACGUUCGCUUACGGUGUGCUCGACGCCAACUACCGGUACGACUUGACCGAACAGGAGGCGUUGGACCUGGGCCGUCGGGCUAUUUUGGCUGCCAUGCACCGUGACGCCUACUCAGGUGGUUUCAUCAAUUGCUAUCACGUCAAGGAAGAGGGCUGGGUGCACCAUGGUUUCGACGAUAUGAACCCCAUUUUCUGGAAGACGAAGCUGGAGCGUGGCGAGUUCUCGAACGUCACUUCUGAGUUGUGA